UCAAUUUUUGUUUCUUCUCGAAUUUCUACCAAUGCUAUAAGCCGUGUUCAAAUCAUGGCGACAAUAAAACUACAGUUUACCUUCUCCAAGGCACAUAAAACAAUGGACUUACGGCCUAAUCUAAAGCGACAUUACAGUGAAUAUCGAACCUUUUGUUUUUAUUUUGGGAUAGUGCUAUUAAAUUUGAUAAAAGUCCCUCAUGUCUUAUGCAAACCCGAUGUUACGAGCACCGGCGGUGAAAAUAUGCAAAAUUACGCAAAUGUGUCACUUGCAUUGGCGGAUAAUGACGAAGAAUUAGGGCCACCCAUUUGGUCGCAAUUUCUUGAAGACUAUACCUUAAGUCACAGUUCCCGCACUUCAAAGGAUCUGCCAUUUUAUUCACCGGCGUAUAAGAGACCCGGCAAUAAUAAUAACAUUUAUGUAACGCGUCGUAUUGGCGAGGCUGUUGAGUUGGAGCCGAAUCUGCGCAAACCCGCCGAAAGCACCCUAUCGAUGGGUAAUCAACAAUUCCGACCCAUGACGAAUCAGAUGCUGCAGCAACAACAGCAGCAACGACAACAGCCAGGAUUCCUACAGCAGUUUUUCGGCUUUGGAGGGUCCAAUAAUGACGUGAAUCCCCCACCACAUCACCAAUCACCCCAUUUACGUCCCGUGCCCCUUCAGCAGCCACCCGGACAACAUCUUAGUGGCCCAACCAACACAUUUCGUGCCGUAUCCGAAAAUGAUUUAUACUUGUUGGGAGCAAUUGAAAAGCUCUCAUAUCGAGCCGAUUAUCUGGAAAGUCGGAUACGUCGGGCUGAGCAGUUAAUUUACUAUUUGAUGGCCGGAAAUAAUCAGAAGGAAGUGCGCGAUCCCUGUCCUGCGAAUUUUACGCGAGUCAACGACAAUUGUUAUUACAUCAAUAGCCAUCAGCAGGUGAAUUGGAAGACGGCCAACUCCGCAUGUAAGGCGCUGCAUGCCCAUCUCGCCGAAUUUGAGAAUUCCGACGCGGAGAAUGAGGCUAUAAUGGCCUAUUUGCUGAAUCAGCCGAAUCAUCGGGGACGCGACUAUUGGUUGGGCGGCCUAAACCCCGGAUUGUUGUGGAUCUGGGCCAACUCUGCUAAGCCAGUUAACCCCGUUAACCUUACAACGAUAGCCACCAUGUCUCAGAAGGGCGAGAAUGUAACUUCAACGAAUCUAGUAGAUGAUGGUGUUGCCAAAAAGGAAACAGAUGCCAGCGCUAUUUUAAAUAAUACUGUGGAAAUUGAGGGGCAGGGGCGUUGCCUGCGCUUGAAAUACGAUUCAACGAAGCACAGUUACCAUUAUUAUGGACAGGAGUGUACGUCGAGACAGCAUUAUAUUUGUGAAUAUGAGGACAAGACGUUAGACAACAAGAUCAAGAAAAUAGCACGACAGCUGCAGCUGUUCAAUUAAGUUCCAGCUGACUUGUAAAAUGAAUUUAUUUUUGUUGUAACAAUAAAUAUUUAUAUGUACAUACAUGUGCCUAUUAUGUAAUAAAAUAAUUUAUAACGA